CACACACACACACACACACACACACAGACUCUCUCUCUGGCUUUUGUUCGUUUGGUUUCUCUGGGCCUUGGCGAGGAAAAUGGUAGAAGGGAAGGGGUCGACACUGGUACACAUCCUGGCGGUCGCCCUCUGCCUCACCGCCUUCGGCUUCGCCAUCGCCGCCGAACGCCGCAGGAGCACCGGAACUAUAGUGACGGACAUCAGGAAUGCCACGUACUGUGUUUAUGAUUCAGAUGUAGCUACUGGUUAUGGCGUCGGUGCUUUCUUGUUUCUUCUGUCGAGCCAGUCACUAAUUAUGGGUGUCACAAAAUGCAUGUGCUUUGGCAAACCUUUAGCUCCAGGUGGAAAUAGAGCCUGGUCAAUAAUAUAUUUUGCCUCAUCAUGGCUAACUUUCUUAAUAGCUGAGGCAUGUCUAACUGCUGGUGCUACAAAGAAUGCAUACCAUACCAAGUACCGCCAUAUGGUCUAUGCUCAAAACUGGACAUGCGAGUCUCUGAGAAAAGGAGUGUUCAUUGCAGGAGCUGUCUUUGUAGUCUUCACCAUGAUUCUCAAUGUAUACUACUACAUGUAUUUUGCAAAAGCUACGAGUCAGUCAGCACGAAAGACCAACAAAGCAAGCUCAACUGUUGGAAUGGCUAGUUAUGCUUGAACGAGGGGCUGAUGUCCAUCUUCUAGUUAGAAAGUGCAGAAGGAUCCUACAUCUUGUGUUUGUUUUUGUAAUAUUUGGCAAGUCUUAUGCAACUAGGUUCCAAAAGGUUGAGUUUGGUAUUGAUAGUAGGGACCAACUUUCCUCUCUCCAGUUGACGCAGCAGCUAUUUUUGCUUGGCUUUUUAGUUUUUUGUUCCCGUUUUGGUAAUUUGUAAUUAUUAGCCACGAUAUGAUUCGAUGAGCUUAUUACAGGAAUGAAUGAUGGUUUGGUUUCCAA